UCAGAAAACCUUAGAAAUGCAACCGUGCCAUCUAUUAGUUCCUUUUGUGUUCCUUGCUAGUUAUACCGAAGGUGAAGUGUAUACAGCUCUUGCCGACCUAGAAGAAUUACUUGAUACUGAAAGGGUUCUCAUUGGAACCUUAGAAAACUACAUCAGGGCUGAAGAACAGAAAAUCGAUCUUUUGAAAAGAUUCGCAGAUGUUUAUCAGACGCAGCACAAUAAAGCUAUAGAGGAUGUGCAGUUAUAUAUAGCAAACCCUAUCAACGCGUACACGCUGGUUAAACGAUUGACCACGGACUGGAAACAAGUGGAAGAUCUAAUGAGCUCAGUAAUCAGCCAUGAUUACCUAAUGAACAUCACUUAUUUCAAGGAAACAAUGAAGUUUCCUACAGAUGAGGAUUUGAAUGGUGCAGCAGUGGCCUUAACAAGAUUGCAGGAUACAUACAGGUUAGAUACUUCAUCGCUAGCAAGAGGCGAAUUAAAUGGUAUCAAAUACAGUUCAGAACUUUCAGCUGCGGAUUGUUUCGAAUUGGGCAGACAGAAUUAUAAUAAUGGAGAUUUUUAUCACACCGAAUUGUGGAUGAGAGAGGCAGAAGCAAGACUGAAAAGGGAAGCCAAUGAAACGGUGGACCGCAGUGAUAUUUUAGAAUAUCUGGCAUUUUCUACUUAUAAGCAAGGAAACAUACCACUCGCUUUAGAUCUGACCAAUAAACUUUUGGAGAUUUUACCAACACAUACGAGAGCAUUAGGAAAUAAAAUGUAUUACGAAGAAGAAAUAGAGAAAUCCAUAGAAUCGGAAAGGAAGAAGGGAGAUGAUGAAUCUGACAGUAUACAAUAUGAAGGGGUAAAUAGUGUAAAGUUUAAACAUCAUGAAUAUGAUCCAUAUGCCCGAGAACAUUAUGAAACUUUGUGCAGAGGAGAAACCAGCAUUCCAGAAGAGAAGGCUUCGAAACUGAAAUGUAGAUAUUUGACGAACAAUAACCCUUUCUUGUUGAUAGCUCCUUUCAAAAUAGAGGAAAUACACCAUAAACCUGACUUAUACAUGUUCCACGAUGUUAUGACUGAUUCGGAAAUAGCGACAAUAAAAAAGCUAGCUACACCUAGGUUCCAAAGGGCUACUGUUCAAAAUUCCAAAACAGGUGAACUAGAAAUUGCCCAAUAUAGAAUUAGCAAAUCCGCCUGGUUGAAAGAACAUGAACAUAAACACAUUGCAGAUAUUUCCCAAAGAGUGGAAGAUAUGACGGGAUUGACAAUGGAAACUGCAGAGGAAUUACAAGUGGUCAAUUAUGGUAUUGGAGGACAUUAUGAACCACAUUUCGAUUUUGCUAGGAAAGAUGAAAAAAAUGCCUUCAAAAGUUUGGGUACUGGAAAUAGAAUAGCAACAGUUUUGUUUUAUAUGAGUGAUGUUCCUCAAGGCGGAGCCACUGUAUUUCCUGUUAUUGGAGCUGCUCUUUGGCCUAAAAAAGGUGCAGCUGCUUUCUGGUUCAAUCUUCAUCCGAGUGGGGAUGGAGACAUUCUCACAAGGCAUGCAGCUUGCCCGGUACUAGCUGGAUCAAAAUGGGUUUCAAAUAAAUGGAUUCACGAAAGAGGACAAGAAUUUUUGAGGCCAUGUACCCCGGAGCGACCUCCAAAUAAUCUCAUAGCGUGAAAAUUCAACACCCAACUAUUCUCAGAGAGAAGACUGCUCGACAUAUAUGAUGAACACCAUUUUGAAUCACAAACCACAUUAUUUGAUUUUUUCAAUACAUAUCGAAUAAAAAUGCUCUACUACUCUCAAACAAGGAAUUUACACCUAGGUAAUCCUGUUUUAUUCUAAAUAAUUCUAGUUAUGAGAGAUAACCGAAGAAAUGUAGAUAAUUUUCUGUAAUAUAUAAUAUAAGAUAUUUUAACAUA